AUGAAUAAUACAGCAUUAGAAAUUUGUCCUAGUAUUUUACAUUAUCAUAACGCAGUACAUAUAUCUUAUAUUGUUUGGCGUUCAUGUGGUCUUCUAUGUAUUAUAUUUGGUAUCCCUGGUCAUUUAUUUUCAAUUAUAAUUUUGUCAAAUAAAAACAAUCGAAAAGAACCAACAUCAUUAUAUUUUUUAGCUAUUGCUUGUUGUGAAUUAAUUUUUCUACUUGGCAUCUCUUGGUUAUGGUUUGUUGGCAUGUCUAUAAUUAAGACUGAUCCUCGGCAAAUAUUAUCUUGCGGCUUAUUCUAUAGUAUUCUAAUAGGUUCAACAAUAUUAUCUAAUUUAUAUUUAGCAUCAAUGUCUAUUGAUCGAAAUUUUAUUAUACUUUAUCCUACUCGUUAUCGUUUAAUAAUAACUCGACAACAUGUUUUAAAACGUAUAGUUUUAAUUUUUCUAAUAACAAUUCUUUUUAUGAUUCCACAUCAUUUUUAUUAUUAUUAUAAUAAAAACACAACAUUAUUUAUUUGUGAAUUUCAUAAAUUUAUUGAUCGAUGGAAAAUUCAUAUUUGGCCAUUCAUUCAUGCUAUAUUGUUCGUAUCAAUACCAUCAAUAAUAACAUGUAUAUCAUCAAUAAUGUUAUUACAUAAUCGUCGUAAACAUCGACGACUAACUAAAAAUAUAUUAGGUGAAAAGGCACGUCGUAUAGAAAGAAAUUCUAUUUUAAUUGUAUUUAUUUCAUUAGCUUUGGCAUUUACGACAUUACCAAUUGUUAUAUUACAAAUUUUUAUUGUACAUGAUCGAUUAUUUAAUCAUGAAAUUUAUUGUUUAACAAGAUGGAAAACAUAUAAAAUUUUACUGAAUUGGUUUUUAACACUUGCAUCUUUUAGUUAUUCAUGUAAAUUUUAUAUUCGUCUUACUAUAUCAAGAACAUUUCGAAAAGAAUUUCUACAAUUAUUAAAUUGUAUUUUUCGACGAAAAGAUAAAAUUAAUGAACAACAUUUAAUGGCAUUGAAUAAACAAAAUAAAGUACGAACUACGAGUAUUUAA